AUGCCGUUUAUCCGAGAAGUUGUUUCUGAUCGUGAUUGGGUUAGGAAUACAAUAUACAAUCUGGUACUUGAAUAUGAAGCAAAAAGUUUAGAAAAAAGUCAUUUGGAAACCUGGAUGUUACUACAUGUUUUGGUUUUUUAUUGA